GAGGUGUUGGAGCCGGGACGGUUUAGGUUUACUUUACUCUCUCCAGUUCCUCUAGACUGCAGAACUCACAGAACACUGUUUACAUCUUGGAUUAAAGCUGAUACAAUAUGUCUAAGUUUAAACCCCGGCGUCCUGCUCCACCUCCACCAAAUAUGCCUUCUAGCACACUACUUAAACAGUAUUUUGACAGGGUAGAUAGUAAUAAAUCAGGAACUAUAACUCCAUCAGAACUACAAGCAGCGCUAUCUAAUGGAAACAAUACAGAGUUCAACAUUGGGACUGUUAACUUAAUGAUUGGAUUGUUUGAUACUGAGAAGACUGGUGAGAUAGAUUUCAAGGAUUUUGGUUCUCUGUGGAGAUAUAUUGUAGAUUGGCAGAACUGCUUUAAAAACUUUGACAAGGAUAAAUCUGGAAGUAUAAACCUGGUUGAGCUGGAGGAAGCCCUCACUAGCUUCGGCUACACCCUCUCCAGGGACGUGAUGCAGCUCCUUCUCCGCAGAUUUGACCGAACCAACUCACAUGCUGUCAAAUUCGACGAUUUUAUUCAGUGCUGUCUAGUACUGCAUGGAAUGACAGAUAUAUUCCGAGCGGAGGAUACGGAUCAGGACGGAGUUAUUCAAAUCACAUACGAACGUUUUCUCGUCCUACUACUCAACUCAAACCUUCUUAACCUGUAAACACCACCUGGAUCACAUACAUGCGUAUUCUUGUCCUACUACGCAACUCAGACCUUCUCAACCUGUAAACAUGACCUGGAUUACAUACAGGCGUAUUCUUGUCCUACUACUCAACUCAAACCUUCUCAACCUGUAAACAUGACCUGGAUUACUACAUGCAUAUUCUCGUCCUACUACUUAACUCAAACCUUCUCAAUAUGUAAACAUGACAGCUGGAUUACUUUAUGUGUAUUCUUGUCCAACUACUCAACUCAACCCUUCUCAACCUGUAAACAUGACCUGGAUUACAUACAGGCGUAUUCUUGUCCUACUACUCAACUCAAACCUUCUCAAUAUGUAAACAUGACUUUGAUUGUAAUUGUAAUACAGGCGUUUUCUCGUCCUAAUUCUCAACUCAAACCUUCUCAAUAUGUAAACAUGACCUGGAUCACAUGCAUGCGUAUUCUCGUCCUAUUACUUAACUCAACCCCUUCUCAAUAUGUAAACAUGACCUGGAUUACUACAUGGGUAUUCUCGUCCUACUACUCAACUCAAACCCUUCUCAAUAUGUAAACAUGACCUGGAUUACAUACAUGCGUAUUCUCGUCCUACUACUCAACUCAAACCUUCUUAACCUGUAAACACCAUCUGGAUCACAUACACGCGUAUUCUCCUCCUAUUACUCAACUCAAACCUUCUCAACCUGUAAACAUGACCUGGAUUACUACAUGCGUAUUCUUGUCCUAUUUCUCAACUCAAACCUUCUCAACCUGUAAACAUGACCUGGAUUACUACAUGCGUAUUCUUGUCCUACUACUCAACUCAAACCUUCUCAAUAUGUAAACAUGAAUUGGAUUACAUACGAGGGGUUUCUCGCCCUAAUACUCAAUAUUUGAAGCAUUAAACCUGUAAACAGAAGUUAUGGAUCUAAUUCGAGCGUUUUCUCAUCCUACUCUUCAACUCAAACCUACUAAACCUGUAAGCAUGACCUGGAUUACGGUUCAAACAAGACAGAACUUCAAAAGGACGACUUUCACAGCUUUAUAUUCACAAAGAACAGAAAGGAAAAGAGUCAGUGCUGUGAUUUUGAAAAAAGUAUCCUAUGGGAGGGAUGAUGGCCUUCCCCCCCCCCCCUUCACUAAGAUUCUCAUUUUCCCCUUUUUAAACUUAGAGCCAUAAAAUUUUGCUAUUUAUGGUUAAAUUUAUAUUCAAAAACUUUAUUCUUUUUUUACCCAAUCCCAGCCCCCACCCUCUCUUCAUUUUGCUUGCUACAAAAGCAAAAUUAAAAUUCACAAUUAAAAUCACCUCCUGUUUUCAGAGAAUCAAUGGAUAAAAUUAUACCUCAUAUGUAGUAUUAUCUUAAGCUGCUUAUUAUAAAUCACAAAUGUUUUAUUCUCUAUUUUAACAAAGUCAAUAAAUAGUAAACAGCUUCAGUGCAAAAAUACAUAAAACAAUAAAUUUCCAUUAUUUGUA